CUGCACAAGAUCGACUUAUUCUUAUCGUUAGUGGUCGAUUAAGCAAAGAAUUAAUUCCUCAGAUUCAUAAUCUUCGACAAGUCUCCGCUGUUUACAUCUAUUGUUGGGAUAAAAAAGCAUAUAAACAAUGGGCUAAACAAUUUACUAAAAUAAAAGGUAUAAUCAUUCACCUUGAUGAUCUCAUUGAUCAAAUCAAAGUAGAUCAAAAAGAUCGAGGAAAACAAGAAGAACCACUUUCUAUGAACAUUUACAAUGUUCGUGGUAAUGCAGAUAAAUCAACAACUGAACUCAAUGGUCAUUUUAUUCAUUCUUUAUUAUUAAUUGAUGUUCUUAUUAGAAUGAAAUCUACUGAUACUGACAAAAAGAAACUUAUUCAAGUUUGCAAAGAUGAAUAUACUGACAAUGAUCAUCAAUUAGAAAUUGUUAGUGAAUUUGAACGUCACUAUAAGUCUAAAAAAGCUAUAUGGUGGUAUACUCGUGAUGCAUUUUUAUUUAGUAUGUUAAACAAAGCUUUGCGAGUACAAAAUACUGAAUUAUUAUUAUUAUUUCGUUUUGUAAUUCAUGAUAUUUACGAACGACUAAAAAAAUAUCAAUGUCAACGCCCUAUUCAGGUUUAUCGUUAUCAACCUAUGUCUACUGAUGAAUUGAAUGCUCUUCGACAAUCGAUUGGUCAAUUCAUCUCGAUUAAUUCAUUUUUUUCAACAAGUGCUGAUCGUGAUGUAGCUUUGAGAUUCUCGAAGCGUUCGACCAUUUCGAAUGAUUUACAUCCAAUAUUAUUUAUCAUUGACGCUGAUCCUCGUGUAGUAAAAUCAAAACCAUUUGCUGAUAUCAGUUCGCACAGUUACUUCCCUCUGGAGUGUGAAAUAUUAUUUAUGGUUGGAUGUAUAUUUCUUUUGAUCGAUAUUUAUCGAGAUGAUAAUGAACAAAUCUGGAUAAUUAAAAUGCAAUUAGCAGAAGAU